UCCGUCCGUGGUCGGUGAUCUUCCAAGUUGUUCCGUAGUUCUUAGAUAAUGGAAAAGUGGCGUUCGAUUGCGCUGGUGUUGAGUCUGUUCGGUUUCCUUAAAGACUUUCGGCCGAGCGAUCCGUUUGUGGUGCAAUUUUUGAACGGCCCGUGGCACAAUGUUUCGGCCGAGCAGAUCAAUCAGGAAGUGUUUCCGGUGGGAACGUACUCGUACGGUGUUCAGCUUGUGAUAACGUUCCUGGUAACGGACUAUUUUCGGUACAAACCGUUGAUUAUCCUGUCCGCAUUGGCCGGGAUCGUGUACUAUGUGUUGUUCAUUUGGACAAAAGCCUUAACAUGGCUGCAGCUGGCUGAAGUGUUCUAUGGGACCUAUAAAGCGGCAGAUGUGGCCUUUUGGUCCUACAUUUAUGCGCGAGUGGAUAGAAGCUGCUAUCAGAGGAUAACAUCCUACACGAAGUCUUCGUCGCAGGUUGGCAAGUUUGUGGCGGCCGUUGGAUCACAGGUCCUUCUAUUUUAUGGGCUGGUGGAUUAUCUGGACUUGAACUACGUUUCGUUGGCAGUUCAAUCAUGCACAACCGCCAUCGCCCUGUUCCUGCCAUCCGCACCGAAAAGUAUCUAUUUCAACCAAUCUGCCGUCUCCGGUAUCAGCUCUACCAAAGAUCCACCCGCAGCGGUGGAAAACGGCGUCACGAAGACUGAUUCAUCUCCACCACCGUCGUCGUCGUCGUCCAGCGAAGGUGUGGAAGUAGGGAAGCUCACUGCCUUGGAGUUGCUCUGGUUUCACGUAAAAUCCGCGUACAGUAAUUUCACCGUCCUGCGGUUCAGCAUUUGGUACGCCCUGGCCAGUUGCAUCUACUACCAGACGGUUCUGUACGUGCAGGUCCUGUGGCGUACGAUCAGCGGUGGAGCGACGGUUGUCUAUUGGAACGGAGCUGUGGAAGCGGUGUUGACGAUCUGUGGGGCAGUCAUCACAUUCUCCGCCGGGUUCGUUCCGGCUAAGGUUCUGCAAGUGCCGAAUGCGCUGGCGGGGCUUAGCUGGAUAUCGUUCAUGCAGGGAGGUAUUCUGCUGACUUCGGGGUUGACCGCCAGCUUGUGGGUGGCGUACGGAGCGCACAUUUUGUACAGCAUUUUGCAUGCAUUCACGAUCACCCUGUUGAGUGCGGAAAUUGCGAAAAAUAUCUGCCGGGACAGCUUUGGGCUGGUGUUCGGGAUCAAUGCUAUGAUCGGAUCGGUGCUGCAGUGUCUGCUGACGGUGGUUGUGGUCAAUUUCACGACCAUCAAGGGACAGUUUGUGGUUUAUGCUGGGGUGUGCAUCGGGAUGGGAGUGAUAUUUUGCAUUUUCCUGCUGGUGGAGCUGAAGAAAUGGUGGAAGAUUCUGUUCUAUGUGGUCAAGAUGAAGUUGAGUUUUCGAAAGAAGCUAGAACUGGACAGUAAUGCCAAUCGUGAAUCUGUUUAAGGUAGGAUUGAAAAGAUAUUUAAGCCUUAGGUAACUAAUUGAGAAAGCCAAUUUUUAGUUAGGUCAUCUUCAAAGGUGAGCUCCGUGAUCUACUUGUUUGUAUGUUUUGAUGUACAAAACAUUCCAUUAGAAGGCAUGCAAGUCGAUUCUAUACAUGAGUUAAGGAUACUUGAUAUUAAA